CCGUUGGCUAUUGCUCGCCUGCCAAAAAGCACCAAAACACACUGGCUUCUCACCAUAACAUGGUCCGCAGGAGUAGCGUCGAUGCUUUUAAAACGUGUCGCUGAUAGCUGCAAACAGUUUUCCGAGGCAGUGCCAAUGAUGGCCUCCCCCCUCCCUGUCUCCUUCAUCCUGGUGGUUCUCCUGUUGGUCAAGUCACCUGUGUGCCAGGCAGGGGCCUGUAAGGGCCACAGGCAGGUUUUGAGGGGACCACCUGGCUAUGUGACAAGUGGAGGAGGAAACUCUCUCAAUGGGAAUUGCGAGUGGCUCAUCAAAGCUCCCAGCAACAGUCACCGCAUUAUCUUGAAUUUCAUCUUCAUGGACACAGAGUGCACUUAUGACUACCUUUUUGUGUAUGAUGGGGACUCCUACCAAAGCCCCCUGCUAGCCAGUCUGAGUGGCAACAAGGUGCCCCAGCCCAUUGAAGCAAAGUCUGGCAAGAUGCUGCUUCAUCUCUUCAGUGACGCUAAUUACAACCUCCUGGGUUUCUUUGCAUUUUACACCUUCUCUUUGUGCCCUGGAGCGUGUGGCGGUCAUGGCCGUUGUGAUUCCUCUACAUCAAAGUGCCAUUGUCAUCAGGGUUGGGGUGGGCCCUCAUGUACAACCCCUCUGUGCACUCAAGCUUGUUCUGUGAACGGCCAGUGUGACAAGAAAGGAGAGCGUUGUGUGUGUAAGCCAGGCUUCGUGGGUCAAAGCUGCCAGCUUGGUCUCUAUAAUGACAGCGGUGCAGGGAAGUGGUGGCGUGUGAGUGAAGAAAACCCCUACACACCUCCCAGGACAGGUUCUGCAGGCGUGUACCUCUCCUCCACAGGAGCCAUGUACCUCUUUGGCGGAUUUGAUCUGAACAGAGCUCUUGGUGACUUGAUCAAAUACAAUUUCACAUCCAACCAAUGGGAAAGCAGGUCUUAUGGUCAUUCACCUGUGGCUCGUCAUUCCCACACAGCAGUAGAGUAUAUGGGUAAAAUGGUUAUCUUUGGUGGAGAGCUAGCCAACGGCUCCCUGGCCAAUGAUGUGUGGAUGUACCGGCCUCUCAAUGAUGACUGGCAACAGCUUGGCUUUUCCACUUCACCUGGUGCUCCUAAACUGGCUAAUCACGCUGCAGCUAUAGUAGACAGUUAUCUCUAUGUGUUUGGAGGUCGUACUGAGGAGGACAUGUUUUCCUCAACUCUGUAUCGGUUCGGCCUGCAUGGCUCUGGACGGUGGGAGACGGUUCAGCCCACAGGUGGGAAGCCACCUGCCACUGCUGGGCACUCCAUGGUCUUCCACAGCCCUUCCAGGACAUUGCUUGUCUAUGGAGGGCACAGGCCUAUCACUGCCAGGUUUAGUGCCAGGGUGAACAAAAUAGUCGUGUUCCAUGUGGAUCGACGAUUUUGGACAUCCUUCCCUUCGCGUUUCGCAGCAACUGGCCCAAGAGAGCGAGCUUUCCAUUCAGCCACUGUCAUCGGAAACUACAUGGUUGUCUACGGAGGGAAUGUGCACAUUCAUUACCAAGAGGAAAAGUGCUAUGAUGAGGAAAUCUUUUUCUACCAUCUGGGUUGUCACCAGUGGGUCUCGGCAAAGGAGAAACUCGUGUUCACAGAAGGUGGAGAUGCUGUGAGGGGGCGUUACUCACAUGUUGCUGCAGUGAUGGAGGGACGAGUGUUGCUGGUUGCUGGAGGUUACAGUGGCGUUGCGCGUGGAGACCUUGUGGCUUACAAAGUUCCCCUUUUUGUCAGUAGCGACCAAGGUGACAGGGAUGCUGUUUGUGCUGAGGCAGUAGAUGAAAGUAUGUGCCUGAAGAACCCAGAGUGCAGCUGGUGUGAAGGCCGCUGUCGAGAGUACCAGCCCACUAACCCGUGUGGAAGUACUGGUUGCUUGGGCCUUGCUCGCUUCCUGUCUGACUGCCAGUCCUGUCUGGUGUUCAGUGGCACUCCAGCUUCUCUGGCCCGUGCCCCUGGUGAAUUUGGCUGGUGUGUUCAGAAUGAGUCCUGCCUACCAGUGUCAGAGCGAAGUGCGUGCCGUGUGGACCAGAUCUCAGGGGCGUACGGCUGGUGGGGGGAGCGUACCCUUUUCCUAACCUCCCUCCACUCCUGUCGCACCGAGAACUAUGUCCCGGGACUGCACCUGCUCACCUUCCAGCACCAUAACGACUCCCAGCCUGACCAGGUAACCAUCCUCCGCACCGCCACCAUCAUGCUUGGCCCCACCACAGAAAUGGACGUAGCCUUACAGUUUAGGGGGUUUGUCCAUCCAUUGUGGGGCGGGCCUCCACCUGCACCCCCUCCUACAGAGACUGUCUCCAUGUGGGCUCGCAUCCAGAGGUUUCACUUUGAGGCUCGAAUGGCAACAGGACCCAACUCCAGCCAGAUGGAGGUGGUGGGUCGCUGGGCAGCUCAGCAGGAAAAGGAGCUGAAGCUCCUGACUCGACCAGAUGGGAGUCGACUUUUCUCUAACCUCACUCGGGGAAACCAUUACCUUGUUCAGGCGGAGGGCUACCUGAACAACUCUGGCUCAGGACAGACAAGUGAGAUGGCCUUGAUUUGGAACAGAACGUUGCCUGAAGGAAGUGAGAUCAACUUCCUAUUCUUGGAGCCGUACCGCUCAGGUUCCUGCUCAGGGUACAUGUCCUGUCUGGCCUGUCUGUCAGACCAGUCUUGUGGCUGGUGCCCGUCUUUGUCCCGCUGUCUGCUGCGUGACAGCCCAGACCUCGAACCCUGCCCUGAGGGCCAGAACAGUGAAGGGAAGAUGGAAGGUCAGCGCCAUCUGCUGUUGGCACCCCAGCACUGCACCAUGUGUAAAGAGUACACAGACUGCUCUGCUUGUACUCAGGACCCUUAUUGUGAGUGGCAGAUAAACUCCAGCAAGAAAGGCAACUACCAGUGCAGUCGGCGGGGAAGAGUAGAUGGAUCCAUACGUGAUCCAAGGGGGUGUCCUAAAUUGUGCAACCAGAGAAAGACAUGUGGUGAAUGCCUUUCCAACUCCAGCCUCUGUGCGUGGUGUGAAUCUGCUCAGGCCUGCUUCCAUUUUGCUGCCUACCUCACAAAGUAUCCCUAUGGACAAUGUAGGGAUUGGUAUGACAGUGUUCACUCAGUUCCCCGGUGUAAGCAGUGUUCAGCUUUAAACACAUGUACAGAGUGCCUGAGGACUUUCCAGUGUGGCUGGUGUGGUGACUACAAUAAUCCCACAAUUGGAAAGUGCUUGAGGGGAGACUGGGCAGGAAUGGAUGAUCCAUCAGUGUAUAACUGUAGUGUGGCUGUGGCUGAAGCUCGGGCUGCAAACCCUGAACCCCAAACUUCAGCCCCACCGCGCCCCCUAGAAAUGGAGAUGGAGCAUUUGAGUCAUGAAGAGCAAGAUGCAAUCUGGGCUUAUGGCACUUGUCCUGAUGUAGAGGAAUGCAGGCUGGGCCUCCACAACUGUCACCCCUCUGCCACUUGCAUCAACACUCCCACUUCAUAUGAGUGCCGUUGUAAGAGAGGAUUCACAGGGGAUGGCACACUGCACUGCAACCAAACCUGUUACAAUGAGUGUCGUGAGGGCCAGUGUAGCGGCAGCCCACGGUUUGAGUGUGAGUGCGCCCUGGGCUGGACAUCUGAUCCCGCUACUCUGGUUCUGAGUGGUGUAGAAUGUGAUGUUGACUGUGGCUGCAACUUCCACUCCACAUGUAUUACUGCUCCAGGGAUCUGUGAUGAAUGCCAAGACUGGACUACAGGGCCUCACUGUGAGCACUGCCGUCCAGGUAGCUUUGGCUCAGCCCUGGCUGGUGGUAGCGGCUGUGUUCCCUGUGAGUGUAACGGACACGGCGACCCUCUCCAGGGAUACUGUCACAACCAGACAGGCCAGUGUUACUGCACCCACAACACUCAGGGACCACACUGCGAGUCCUGUCUGCCUGGUUACUAUGGAGAUCCCAGGAACAAUGGAACAUGUUACCGCCAGUGCCAGGGCCGCUCUGUCCUGCUGUCCUCCACUUCCUCCACCACUAUUCCCCUGUCCUCUUCUUUGGGGUGGCGGAGUGGCACAGAGGGGAAAGGUGGGCUUUCUCAUUGCCUGUGGGUCCUCUCUGUGACUGAGAACCUGGCACCCUGUCUGCCAAGACAGUUCUGUCCCCCAGUAGCUCUCACGCUACACCCAGACUCUCAUACACAUUGUAAAAGUUCGUAUGUCUACGUGUUCGAUGGCCUGCCUCGUUUUCUGGGUAACGGAGUCGUACAUUCUGAUCACAAUCUAAUUGGAGCAUUUUGUGGCACCACGAGGACUCAGCCUAUCACAGUGGAGGCCACUUCAGGUGUGAUCUCAGUCUACUUUGAAGCCAACGUCACUUCAGACAGACCUCAAGGCUUCAAUGCAUCUUUCUGGGUACGACGGUGUCAGCAGAGCUCUGAGGAUGAAGAUGGAUCUGUAUGUCCAGGUGGAGCCCAGUGCCAGGGUGGGCUCUGCCAGUGCCCUCAGGGAUAUGGGGGACCACACUGUGACCGGCUAGUGUGCCCUCAGGAUUGUGGAAUAGCAGAAGGAAGAGGAACUUGUAAUAUAUCUCUGGGAGUGUGCGUGUGCUCAGAGAGCUGGGUUGGGUCAGACUGCUCUAUUCCUCGAGACUUCAACAGCUUGGUGUGGGAAACCUUACUGGACGCACAGAUGACUGUGAACCAGGCCCACAGGUUCCUCCACAGGAUGGGACACUCUCUGGUGUCUGGACCACAGGGAAACCUCUGGAUGUAUGGAGGGCUUUCUCUGACAGAGGGAAUUCUGGGAAAUGUCUAUAGAUAUUCUGUGUUGGAACGUCGUUGGACCCCAAUGUUGACAAGCUCUGUGGAAGAAGGGUCGAUGCCAAACCCUCGCUACCAUCACGCCUCUGCAAUGCUGACUCAUGAGUCUGGCUCUGGAGCCAAUCACAACUUUAUGUUGGUAGUAGGCGGGGUCACUCGAGACGGCGUUUCCAUGGAUACCUGGACUCUCAAUCUUAGCAGUUUAGUUUGGAGAGAGCACAAGAGCACAGUGCUUCCUCCAGUGGCAGGUCACACUUUAACUGUACGGCGAGACAGCUCUGUGCUGUUGAUUGGCGGGUACUCUCCUGAAAAUGGUUUCAAUCACCAUUUACUUGAGUUCAGCCCUCAGUCUGGAAACUGGACCAUUGCCCCCCACACUGGCACACCACCUACAGGUUUGUAUGGCCACACGGCAGUCUACCAUGAACAGACUGAUGCCAUCUAUGUCUUUGGAGGCUACCGCUUUCACGUGGAAAGUGUAGAGCCAUCUGCUGAGCUCUACAGCCUGUAUUACCCCAACCUCACCUGGUCUUUGCUGGCCACCUCUCAGGGUAUUAAGCCCCUGUCCCGUUUCUUCCACGCUGCUGCACUGAUUAAAGACACUAUGGUGAUUGUAGGCGGCAGGACGGAAGCAGAAGACUACAGUAACUCUGUCUCUCUGUACCAGAUCAACUGUAACACCUGGAUACAACCAGUGUCAGCUGUUGGAGAUCCGGUUAAUGGUUCGGUGUCCCUUGCCAUGACGAGCUGGGGCGGUCGUCUCUUCCUGUCAGGAGGCUUCAAUGGCGUCACCCUUGGCAGACUCCUAACCCUGUCUGUGCCCUCUGACCCCUGCGCCCUUCUUCCCACACCAGAGGCUUGCAACACCACCACAGGCAGCUGCAUAUGGUGUAGAGGGAGCUGUGCUUCUUCUGACACUGCUGAGAGAAUGGAAUGCUUCACUGGACAGUCUCCCUGUUCUCCAACCCCUCGUGAGCCAGACCAAUGUCGCAGACUCAAGACAUGCAGUGAAUGCCUUGCACGACACCCUAAAACAUUUUCCAGUCCAUCCCAGCCUGUUUUACAGUGUAAGUGGUGCACAAAUUGUCCAGAGGGGGCUUGUAUCAGCAGCUCUCUCAGCUGUACAGCUGUACAAGACUGUCGAAUCAACCAGAGAGAGAUCUUCCUGUCCAGCAACUGCACUGAGACUAGCUGUGAGGCUUCUGACUGCCCCAAGUGUACAGCUUCUGGAAAGUGCAUGUGGACUCGCCAGUUCAAACGCACAGGCGAAACGAGGCGCAUCUUGAGUGUGAAUCCCACUUAUGACUGGACAUGUUUCAGCUACGCUCUGCUCAAAGUCUCACCCAUGCAGGUGGAGUCAUCCCCUCCUCUGCCGUGCCCUCCGCCAUGCCACAGUCUCCAUAACUGCAGCCUUUGUCUGAGCUCCAAUGGCUCUGAUGGGGGCUGGCAGCACUGUGUGUGGAGCAUGGCCCUGCAGCGGUGCAUGAGCCCAUCUUUUGUGCCCCUCCGGUGUGAGGCAGGCCAGUGCGGUCGACUGCUUUCUAGGGGAGACUCCUGCUCUCCCCAGUGCUCCCAGCUCACUCAGUGCUCCCAGUGCAUUGCUAGGCCUCAGUGUGGUUGGUGUUCUUCUCGCGGGGGCAAUGGGGCUGGACGCUGCCUACAGGGAGGACUUGAUGGUGUGAGUGAGGGUGUUUGCCCUUUGACAAACAGCAGCUGGUCUUUCCUCCAUUGUCCAGAGGAGGAUGAAUGCGCCAACAGUCAUCACAACUGUUCCUUUAGGAACACCAUGCAUUUGGGAAAUGCAUAGUGGGCAUGCUGUAGUCUAUGUUGUAGUUCAUAGGUUUCAUUUCUCCUUUCACUGGGGUGAAAACACCUUGUGUUUUAUAUGGGACUGCAACAUAUUUUUAACCUUUGCUCUCCCUUCCCACAUACUGAAAAAAUGUUCUACAGUUUGAUUACCUUUAGUUUUAUAAAAUCAGCACCCUAAGGCAAGAUGGUGUUCUAACAUCUGUGUUCUAACAAAACCUUUCAUUAGGCGUCUCCUGCGGGCUAAAGUGUUAUUUGGUUUCCACGCUGCAGCAAAGUGGAAAAAAUGUUGUCACUGCAGAUUUCAAAGGUUGUGCAGAUUUCUUUGGAAUAGGUUUAAAGAAAACACACACAUUUAAGAAAAAAUACAUUUCUUUACAUCCUUUUCAGCACUUGAAGGGUGUCCCUCAUUUUUCCACACAAACAAACUCUUUGUCCUAUAUUUAGUUUGUUUGAAUCUGCUCAUCCUGCUCCUCACCAGAUAUUUAUUGUUCCCUCCAGGACCACUAGAGGCCAGUACUUCAAAACACAGUGAGUAGAGCUGCUUCCCGUUAGUGAUGGGAUUUCCGGCUCUUUUUAGAGAAGCGGCUCUUUCGGCUUGGCUCACUAAAAAGAGCCGGCUCUUUCGGCUCCCAACUGGCUCUUACCUAACCAACUGGCUUCAACGUAUGGAAGAAAAUGCAGUCUCAUGUGAAAUAUUGUGAGUACGUUACACGGUGGGAUUUUGGAACAAUGGAACUGCCUUUAUUGCCCGAAAUAUACACAAAUUUUAGAAGGCCCCAUUUUUACUUUGAACCACCAGUUGGUAACAUUUCCACCUUUUGAAGACACACAUGCGCUAGAAUGCAUCUCAUAGGCUAAAUUUUAUUAUAACAGCCUUGCCUUGGCUGUCUUUGAGUCCAGACCUGGUCAGUGUGAAGGAAAGCUCAGAGCGGCUGACCGUCCCCGAUAACCCAGAGCGCUUUGAUCCCUGCGUCUUUGUCCUAGGUGCUGAAGGUUACACCUCCGGGAAACACAAAUGGGAUGUCCUUGUAGGUGACAACCCCAAGUGGAUAGUGGGAGUGUGCAGAGAGUCAUUGCCGCGUAAAAAGAAGUUUACAGUCGCAACAAACCGCGGUGUGUGGGCCUUAGGACUGAGCAAAGGGGUGUAUAAUGUAAUGACAACUAAACGUGAAGAGCUGCAGCUUCAGCAGCGACCUGAAAAGAUUCGAGUCAAGCUUAAUAUAGAAAAGGGAGAGGUGUCAUUUUGGGAUGGAGGGUUAGGGAAGCACCUGGUCACACUUACACACAAGUUUGGAGGUGCGAUAUUUCCCAUUUUUGGUCCCGGCCUCCAUACCUCGCCCAUGGAUCUGGUUCCAGGAAAAAUAGCUAUACACAUGUCAACAACCCAAGAUAAGGUUAUUGACGUAAAGAUGCAAGAUUGAAAAUCAAUGAUGAAAAACUUUUAAAAGCAAGAUAAACUCGACAAGCCUUUACCAGUCGAUCAGGGGUAACGAGAACAUCAAAUAAAAGUUUAAAAGAAUAAAUCUGCCAGUAGAUGAAACAUCAGUUUAAGUAUAAAGAUGAAAAACCACAACCACAGUAAGGAUGUGGUUAUUUAUGUCUGAGCAAUGAGUUAUCAGCCUGUGGUCCACACACAGACACUCAUACUUUCUGUCCCGUCUGUACUCAUAGAUGUAUUUUGUUGUUUCUUUCUUUUUUCUUUGUUUUCAUUAUGCAUUGCAUUGAUGGAAGAUUUCAGGCCUUAUUGAUUUGUUUAUGAGUUCACGGAGUUGCCUUUACACAGCUUGUUUUGCACAACUGUUUUCUGGCCCUCUGCACCUCCCUACCCUCGUGUUUUGAGCGUAGUUAAUGUGGCCAAACAGAAACAAAACACAUGACGAAAACAAAGGAUUGGACUGAUAGCUUUUUAUUUAUUUUUUUAACCCUUCAAGGAAAUAAAGGGGAUGAUGGUGAUUAAGUUUGAAACUUCACUGUUAUAUCUAAAGUCACUUGCUUCUGGGUUUUAGGGGAUGUUAUUGUAGUUGUUGUUAGCCUUUGAUUCAAUUUGAUUUCUGUGAGGAAUCAGAACAUUUUCUCAAAUAUACACUUAAAAAAACGCAUUUCAAAUGUUUUUGGUGAUGCUGAUGUUUUGGAUUAAAAUGCAAAAUGAAACUGCUGAUUGUUGGGAUAGUUAGACUCCUAUGCUGGCUAUCAUUCACUAUACUAAGUUCAUGCUUAGCAACACUUUGUGAUAUAAAAUAUACUACUGCAGUGUGUAACCUCAAAACAUUAACAAUUGUGUGUCAGUCUUCAAUUAAAAACAGUUUCAAAUUAAA